AUGUUCUUCUUUUUUAGACACUCCGGUGAAACUAACUAUAUUGGAGCAAUUGAUUGCACACAUGUGCGUGUUAAAGUUUCAAUAGAACUCACACCUAGAUACUGUGGUAGAAAAGAUUAUCUCACACAAAGUGUGUUAGUUGCGUGCUCAUUUGACUUGAAAUUUACAUAUGUCCUGGUUAGAUGGGAAGGAAUUGCUUCUGACUCAAGAAUAGUUAAGAGCGCGUUGGCACGUGUACACCCUCUUAAAGAUCCAUAA